UCUAGCGUACCUUGCAGCGAAGCCCCGCGGUGCCGCCCAGCCCUUCCCAGCGUUUUACCUUUCAUGGGCAUUUCCAUGUCAUCCCCGAGGAACAUAUGGGAGCCAUUAGACCCAGAUUUACAUUCUUUCCUAACAAAUGGCAGCAUGUCAGAGGGUUGUUUAUUUAAUGUAAAGUGUGAUAUUUUUAAAAAAUAGCUUCAGCUCUUCUAGCGCAAUAGUUUGUGUGACUUUUCAUGCCCUUCCUGGUGCAGGAUAAACAUUUAACAGGAACAAGCAGCCGGGUUUUAAAUCUCGGCAGAGGACUCCUGAGCCAAACAAAAGCCGGGAGCGCCCAAGAUUUAGAGCUCUGCGGUUUGGUGCUGUGCGUGGCUGACGGCGUGCCGGCCGAGCUCGCAGGCUGCCGAGCUUUCUCUGGAUUUGCAGAUCUGGCCGGCCAACCUGCUGCACCACGCAGCCCAGCAGAGCCGUGCGUGGAUGUGAGCAGGAGCAAGAGGGAGCACGGGCAGAGGGGGCUGUGGGAUCCCCCGGCACUGCACCUGCCCUGCGCCGCCUCCUCCCGCGCUGCAGGACGCUGGAAGAAGCCUCAGCGUGGGAUCAUCGUCGUGCUGGAUCGUCGUGCUGGGAUUGUAAGUGAAAGCUGCAAAGUGGUACCUGUAGUUCUUCAAGCUUUAAGUGUGCAGCCCAAGACCCUGCAGCCGACCCUCCCCGUGGGCAGUGUAUGGAGGCUUCGCUACCUGACCAGGAAGAGCAGGAAUUGCCUGCUUUGCGAAUAUGCUGCGGAUCUCACCUGGUGGUGUUCCCACUGCAAAGAGCUGGAGAGAGCAGCUGAGCUGCUGCGGUGCUCCUGCCAAGUACACACUUCUACUGUUUCCAAGGACUUCUACAAAAACAAAGGAAAGUCAGGCCCUGACUGCAGGAAAGGAAGCACUGGAAAAAGCAUUUAGGAGUCAUGAGGCUCCAUGGCUCUGUGUGCGUCCCCAGCCCAGCUCCUGCCCAGGAUGAAGUUCACCUCGCCCCUCAGCCACCUGAACUGCAGCAAGUCCUGCUGCUCCUGGAUAUUUUUCCCCCAUAGGUAUUGCACAGUCGAUUCUUUUCACAUAUGCUAGAAAUAGCAAAAUGAUUAUUGCUGUAGAGGCCAUGAAGGCCAUUGCCCCCCUCCACGCAGUGGGAGCAUCCGCUCAGACUCUUGGCAGUGCACCGGGUACCUUGCUCUGUGCCGGGGCCCUCAGCGGGGGGAAGCUUCUGGCUGCUCAGUGGUAAUGGGACUGCAUAAUGGUCCCCAGUGCAGACGGGGGAGUCCUUCCAGCCUUUCCCUGCUGUACCUUGAAACAGAAACAGAGCCUUGAACCUUGUGUAUCGGCUGCAUUUUGACCACCACAGGUGGACCCCGUGGUCUCUGGAGCAGAAGCAGCACCUGCAGCACAGGACAAGGCUGUGUCACCCUCGCAUCCCAGUACAGGGGUCCCCGUGCACGUGUCCCUGCCUGGGUGCUGCCAUCUGAGUGACUGCCUUUUGUCAUCUCAUCGCAAAACAUCCCUGUGGUAAGGCACCGCACUCCAUUCCAGCUCCCAGAGAGGUUUAGACAUUUUUUUCUCAAGCUUCUUUUAAUUGAAGACCAAAGGUAGCCUGUUCCAAUAUUUCAUAUCAAACUUUAUUAUUCUGCCGCUGUACCAGCGCAUUUUAUUUACAGCUUGAAAAUUCCAUCUAUGACGGAGAGGACUGGCCUUAACUUGGGCCCCAGUGCGUUGCCCUGCCGCGGUGCCAGCGGCCUGCCUGGCAUAGCGUUGUGACAUGGCCGCUUUGCUGCGACACGUGGGGCUCCCUGCAGCUCCCUGCCCUUGUCCAUACUCAGUUCAGUCCAUUCAGUGCCCGGCCACGUCUGUGUGUGGGCCUCAGGUGCGGUGUGCUGGGGAACACGGGCUGCAUCAUGCCAUGGCCAAACCCCAGACUCACCAAAGGGCCCCGGUGCCUUUUCCACAGAGCCCCGAAAUCAGGUUUUGAUCACUCCCGCUCUGCUCUGUCCUCUCCAGGAUAACAUCGGCAUGUUGGUGCCUACAAGCACUUCCGGACAGGUUGUGUAAGAGACAGAUUUACUUAAUAAAUAAAUACAAAUAACA